AUAUUUUUCAGAAAUUUACACAUGAGUUGGUUUUAUACUCGAAGUAGAAGAAUAUAACUUUAUAGAGAAUUAAUAUAUUCGCGCACUAAAUAUAAAUCGUGUUGCGAUUGAUAGUGACAAUGCGGGCGUUGUAUACGUUAUUAAUUUUGAUAGCUAUCGAAGGCGUUUUUGAAAGAGCAUUUAUCGAAGCAAAACCAUAUGAAGUUAAAAGAGAUGGGAAUCCUUCCUCUGGCAGAAAUCUUAAAAAUAACUUACUAAACAAUAUAGAAGAAAACGAUUAUUACAACAUCAAACGUAACUAUGAUGACAACAAUCACAAAACUUACCCUCGUUGCAACAACUACGCUAACAAUAAUGAUGACGAUGACGGUGAUGAUGACGACAUUACCACUAACGACAAUCCUACUACUGACAGUGACGACAUCGACGAUGAUGACGACAUUGUCGACAUUGAUGAUAUUGACGACAUUGGCAAUUAUAAAAACCAUGAUUUUUUGUCUGGCAGAGAUCCUAAAAAUAACUUACAAAAUAAUAUAGAAGAAAAUGAUAACAACAACAACAAACUCGAUCACCAUAUGAAAGACAAGGAAGACGACGAUGAGGAUAACGAUGACGACGACGAGGAUGACGACAAUUUUUUUUUAGAACUUAUAACAAUGAUCUACGAUUAUUUGUUGGAUUUUAUAAGAAGCUGGCUCUGUAAACUACCUCUAAUAAACUUUAUAUGUGACGACAUAUAUAUAUCAAAAGUAAGGCGAGAUUUUAUUACUAAAUUUUGA